UACACAUUUUUAUUUUUCAAGAUAAUGUUUGAAUCUCUAUUGAAAGUAAUAUACUGGGUUCUUCAUGCUACAAGGUUUUCAAAAGAUUUUACUUCUGGGAUAGAUAUGUAAAGUUCUAUCAUGGUUAGCUUUUAAAAUUACUUUCAUACUAGUUUUAUUGUAUCUCGUUACUUAUCGAAUUUAAAUAUCUCAAAUCAUUUAUUAUUGCUGUAAGUUUUGCCGAUUCCGAUAUAGGGCUAGUAUUUUUUUAAUAUAAGCUUCCUCUAAUGUUUUAAGAAUUUUGAAAACAAGAUUGAAAAACAUGGGUCUCAAAACUGCCGCCCCAGAUCCCCAAGCACACCAGAUAAUAUAGAUCACACAGUAAUCCUGCAACAUGUAGUCCAGAGUUAGCAAUAGUUUUGAUUAGAAGAAAAGUAUAUGCCAGUGUCUGGAAAUAGUCGACAAUCGACAAUUCGAAAAUUUAUUGCAAAUAUAUGUUUUUCUUUAUUUUGUUUAAUCUUCAGUUAGUUGCAGUAAGUUCGUCAAAAUGUUUUUAUAUUUUAUACAUUAUAAUUGUUAUUAUCAAUGUUAUUGUUUACAGUAUCUACCUAGUUGCACUCGUUUUUUUGUAACUCUUUGCAAUAGAAUUUGCACCAGUGCCAUAUCGUGAACAAAGUGUCAGAAAGCGAAGAAUAAAAUAUACUUACAACAUAAUUCACUUACUAUUCAAUAAAAACACAAAACCAGACCAAGUUGACUACCUGAAUAAAUUAUCUGUCACUUAUAAAUAUCAUAGGUAUGACUAGAUGCAAUCAAAAAUUAUCUAGAUAACACCACCAAGCAUAAUUUCGCAUAUGCUAUGAAAAUAAACCAACAAAAACCAAAAUAACAACAUCAAAACGCUAAAGAAACUAUAGAAAUAACGCAUCAAACGUGAUUGGAGUGGGCUCGAUGACGACACCUACAGUAGACGCUCACUUUAAACUGGCUAUUGAUUUAUUUAUUUAUUAUUUGAAAUUAUUAUAAAGUUUAUAAAUGAUGAAUUUUAAUAUCAAAUCUUUUCCAGAUAUCCCUGAAAAUGACAAUGAAUAAAAACAAAUGCACCCUAUAUUCAGAUCGUGCAGGAAAGUUUUUCCACAGAUGUAAAGCCAAAGAAUAAGAAGGAAGAAAGGGCGGCUAAGCCAAAGUAUCAGUUUUAUCUGUGUGGACGUUAACGUAUUUUAAAUAUUUUUCAAAAUUUAGUGGCCAGUUAUUCUUUUAGAAAUCGAAUUGGUACUUUAGAUGUGUUACUAACAAAAAAAGCAAUGCAAACCGCAAAGCAAAGGGAGCUUGCUAAGGAAUUACGUGUAAGACUGUGCGAGGUAAAUACUUCCAAAACCUUUUCACAAAGGGACAACAAUGACAAAAAGGUCCCAAGUGAACUAGUGAUUAAUGUAAAUCCAUUGACUCCGAAACAAUUAAACCAACAUGGAAUAAAGGUUGACUCCAAUAACAUCCCACUCACACCAGUGGCUAACAUUGAAUUCAGCUUAGAGUUAAAAAAAGUGAUAAACGAAAGGAAUAUACUAACGUCAAAAACGAGAAAGAGAGUUUUUGAAGCUUUGGAUGAAAUAAAAACCAAAACAGAAGAGGAAACAAGAAAUUUGAAAAGGGAGCGUGCAUUGCUGGAGAUAGUGAAUAGCGAAAUUAAGUAUAUUCAUCAGUUAGAGUUGAUAAUAAAUUAUUUUAUGAAACCUGCAUUGGAACGAAAACUUUUAAGAUCUGAUGAUUUUGAAAUAUUAUUUGGCAGCAUAAAGACUAUUUACAAAAUAAACAAAGAAUUGUUAGAGGAACUAGAUAAAGGUUUUGAUAAUGUACCAACUGCCUUUUCGAGAAUAGCUCCAUUUCUGAAAUUGUAUUCAAUGUACGCCCAUGGGUUUAAGGAUAAACUAAGAAUUUUGCAGAAUUCAAGAUCUGUCAAUCCCAUGUUUGCAAAGUUUGUUGAAAACCAAGAAUCUCGACCAGAAGUACAAAACAAGUUAUCAGCAUUACUUAUUACACCGAUCCAAAGGGUACCACGAUAUAAGUUAUUGCUUACAAAUCUAUAUGAUCUCAGCACCCCGAACAAUGCAAAUUAUGAAAUUCUUGGGGAAUGUUUAUCGAAAGUGGAAGAAUCCGCAGCCCAUAUUAAUAAAAUUGUGCAGGAUCAGGAAAAUAGUCAAAGACUACUUGAACUUCAGAGAUGUCUUCGUAGUGGAGAGCCAAAUAUAAUUACACCAGGCCGUCGAUUAAAGAAAGAAGGGAUACUAACAAAAAUGUGCAUGAAGGAUGCUCAUAAUGAAAAACUGUAUGUCGUUCUAAUGAAUGACAUUAUUUUGUUUAACAAAAUGAGAAAAAAUGAACUCAAAGUAAAUUCUCUUAAAUGUUCAUGCAUUUUUCCAUUGAACAAAUGCAAAGUGAUUGAAGUACUUGACAAAGGUUGUCUAAAAGUGGUGUGUCAAAAUGAAGAAUUGAUUCUUUAUCAUGAUGAACUUCAGGAAAUGAUUGCCUGGAUACAAGCUAUCAAUCAAGCUAUACUAAGUUAUCUUGAAGAUAGAAAAAGUUUAAGGAAAGAAAGCUCAUCCAGAAGGGCAGUAAAACGAAAGGAUAUUAAUGAGUACCAUGAAGUAGGUCUGAGUCCUGGGCGGCCCUUAAAGAAACGAAAAAUGAUUAUGGAACAGGAAGUUUCUCCAAUCGAUAAGCCGCCCUCCCAUAUUAAAAUCUCUGCGAGGAGGCCCAUCCAUAUGGCCUGCAAUUCAACACCCAUCCGUUUAGAGAGUAAUCCAGAAACUCGAAAUAUUCACAGAUUUUCCCCUAUGGAAACCUUUGGAGGUAGUAGCAAACUUGCAUUUGAAAAGUGUGAAGAAGAAUCUGAAGAAUCUAAAGGCGUUUUCCAGUUUGGAAAGAAAAAUGAAGAGGAAAACACUACUAGAGUGGGCAACUUCUUUAAAGGAGUUGGUUACACUAUUAGGGGUCUAUUUGGAUUUAAAAAUAAUAAAAGUUAA